GCGGCGCUGCUAACCAGGAAAUGAGAAGAUAAUUUUGUUGUAAUUAAUAAAUACGACCAACAUGAGCCGAAUAUAUGAAAACAAGCCGCUUCAGUCAGUACCUAUUGAAACCCACCAGUGGAAAACACUCUGGAAACCCGCUACUUUACAAAGCGGCAAUGGAAUCCUGAUUGAAGGUAGCAUCCAGGGAAGAUCACGACAUGUCAUAGCAGAUUCUGCAGGCUCAAAGUUGAGAUAUCUGGUUCUGCACAUCAAACUCCUGAGAUGUCACAAGAGGAAGUUUGAUAAACUGGGCAAAGAGAUUGAACCAAACUUCAGUGAGACGAAGAAAGUUAAUAUUGGUCACCUCAAUUCUUCCUACAAGGUUGAAGCAAAAGGAGAGACUGACAGAAUCUCAAAUGAGGAGGCAACAGCUAAGUUAACCUUGCCAGAUUUGAAAAGCAUCACAGCAAAACACAGCGUAUCAGGCUGUUUGCCUUUGUGGAUUGAAGAGGCCACUAUGGAAAAGAUGGACUUGGAUGUGGGUGAUGAGGUCAGGUUGAAAACAAAAGGAGACAGUCCAUUCAUUUUUUCCAUUUCUAAAAUUGAAGGCGGCAGCUCAAAGGCUUCAAAUUAUGUUGGCGGUGACCAAGUCGGUGGUUCUUGGACGGAUAAGAUAUUUACUGAGAAGAUUGAGGUGAAAACUCUGCCCCAGGAUCAGCCAGAGGGGGUCGAUGAUGACGAAUGGGAUGACUAGAUGUUCUGUUUUGGACUGAAAAUUGGUGCUUAAUUCAGUGGUCAGAAUUGACCCUCGUAUUCCCAAAAGGACAAACUGCAGCCAAGAUGCUUCAGGAAUUCCAAUGGCUACAUUAGUGACAUAGUGACUUUUAGCACAGCCUCAUAGACCUAUGUUAAGAUUCUGCAGGUCAUGCUACACGUACCGACUUAGAAUACCAGUAAACAUUGUAUUGUCACUAUUUUCUACUGUGGCAUGCUAUAAGCUCUGCUAGACAAGACUGUAAAGUCCUGUUGACUGCAGAGUAGAGAUUAUAUGAUUAACACAUCAUUACUGUACCGCAUGUACCAGAACAACAUCACUUCAGCAUGUACGGUAAAGUGGUACAAUGAUAGCCUUGGUACAAUUACAGUACCUACCUUGUAGAAACCAGCUGGCAUUACGCAGAGGCGUGUUGAACACAGAGACUACAACUGCACCAGGGCUACCUUACACUACCUUACCUUACAGCUUAUAAGCUUAUAAUCGAACCCUUGCACGUUUUCUUUACAAUAGGAGGAGAACAUACAAAGCAUGAUAGUGGUAAAAACUGACAAAAAGAUCUGGCCCUCAUUAGCUGAGAACAAGCUGUCCGAGACAUUGUGCUCUUCAAAUUUUCAUAUUGUUUUCUUUUGUAUUAUACAUUUCAUUUACAUUUGUAUAUCUUUGUACAGGACUAUACAAUAAAAUUCUAUAAAGCA